CGGUAACGAUACGCAAACGUUACAUGCAGCCCAGCAAUUGAAACUGCAUACUUACUGCCAGCCAAUAAGAGGCGCUUCUAUUUUACACGCGAUGCCCAACGCAACUUUCUAACUGGCCGUUGUUGAUCGGUAUCGUUUUCAUGAAAGAUCUAUCCUCGAUGUUGCGUAUACGCACGUAUGUAUGAUACAUAUAUGGACGGAAUACCGAUGCUCAUCGUAUCAUCGAUCGAUUGAUCAAACUUUCAAACUGUCGCGAUGCAAAUGAAACCGAAGAAACAUGAAUGCAAUUAAUAUGAACUGGUUAUCUUCAGCAGAAGGAGAGUCUUUGGUCCAUCACUUCUACGUGAAUCCUUCCAAGAAGAGGAGAUUCUAUGGCAUUCUGGAGAGGCCGUCGCUGCCGUCUUCUAUCGAGGAAGUCACGUACAAGAUCUUCAUGAUAGGUAGAUCUGGCGUGGGAAAGACCUCAGUGGUAGCGAGACUCGCAGGAAUCCUCGACUCCAACAAUUAUACGGAAACCAGCGGGAUAAGAAAAACUAACGUUUAUUGGCCUGUCAAAAUCUGGGAUAAGGUCGUUCUGUUUAAACUGCAAUUCUGGGACACGUCGGAGAGCAGUAUAAAGCGAUACAACCACAUUCUGCCAGUAUGCAAAGAUAAAGUUGACGCGAUAUGUUCUGUCUUUUCCUUCGACGACGCGUCAAGCUUCAAUGACAUUCCAUACUUGAUGAAUACGAUGACCAAUGUAAAAGGGAAACCAGCAAACGUAGUGGUUGGCACAAAGUUUAAACCUUGGUCAAGCUCCACGAUAGACGAGACACAAAUAAAAGAAUUCGAGGACAAGUGGAAAGUUAAGGUGAUCAAGAUCGAUGCUAGCAAAUUGUCAGUAAGAUCCGAAAUAUUUGACUGUUCGUAUCAGUUGAAUGCUAUUUGUAACAUCUUGUGGAAUAGAGACAAGGAGUUUAUAUCUAAGCUGAUGGGACAAGUUUAACCAUUGCAAACAAAUGUAUUUUCCUAUGUUUUAUACAAAAUAAAAAAGAUAUUACGUUU